AUGCCAGAUCUCGCCGGAGAAGAUGGGCCUCAGGCCGGUUGUGACGCCCACCUCGACGUCAAGUCUCAAGACCGAGAUAUCGGGAUAGUCACGCGGGGCUCGCGGGUAGACUCCCUUGGAAAGGCUGACGAAGAACCGACCCGUAUCGCCGUUACCACCGCCUUCCCCAAUCCUUCCUCGAACCCAGUGUCGCCGGGCCCUUCCAGUCCGCCUUUGGAACAAGCCCGGGACCCCGACUUCGUCCCGCCCGCGCGCCCUAGCAGCACGCCCUUUUUAUAUCCCGAACAUCGCGACGCGACCUGCUGCCGCCCCCUAUCCUCCGACGAUGACGAACCAGCCACGGCCCAACAAGACGACGAGACUGCGGUCCCCUCCCCCGCCGACCCGAGCCAGAAGAACGGCAGCUUGAACAACCUACCUCCAGAAAUUGUCGAGGUCAUUCUGGAUCAUCUGUUUGGCUACCGCGUAUCGGCCAAUUCAAAAAGCUCCCUGCACAUGCACAGCGUCACCAAAAGCUGGAACACGGCCUUGCGCCAUGCCCGCAGGAAAGAGGUCUCGUCCUUGGCUCUGGUCAGUCCUUCUUGGAGGGUCUUGGUCCAACAGCGGCUCUUCCGCCACCUCAAACUCAGGGCCACCACCGACUAUCUCGGCAUGGCCGCCCUCUUCUUGACCAACCGGCCCUAUCUGCGGUCCUACGUCAAGCAUGUCGAGCUCUGGUUCCCCGUCUUCCAGCCCAGACAUGGGCCGCUGACCAGCAACGGGCCGAUACACUUGCCGUUCCCGUUCCCGCCGCCGAGGAACAACAACCAGGGAGCAACCGAGACGUAUCUGCGGACGACCGCAAACUGCACGCUCGAAGAAGCCCUCAUCUUCGUCCUCUCCGUGCUGCCCAGCGCGAUCGUCCUGACUCUCGAGGGAGGGGAGCGGAAGAAGGCGCCCAAGGUGGUGCAUACCUCGUGGGCGAAGCCUGACGAGUCGUAUCUGCCCGUCCUGCCGGGCGUGCGCACCCUCGUUACGAAGGGGCAGUGGAACCUGCUGCGCACCGACGAGGACUUCAAGGCCAUCCUCUCGUCCCUGCCCAACCUGGCCGAGUGGCACGGAUCGUACAGCAAACCCAAGUCGAAGAGCUACCUCAGCAUGUACCGAGCCUUGCCCAUGCUACCCGCCCACCUGACGAGCCUCCACCUGAAUCUGGAGAGCGACUACCGGCGAGAGCUGUCCUGCCCGGCCUUCUUCAUGAAAGUCUCCAGUAAGAUCCACUUCUGCCUAGGACUGGCCGAGGCGACGCUGCCCCUCGAGCGCCUGUCCUACACCGGCCGCGUCUGCAAGGUCUUCUUCCUCGCCCUCGCGGCCCGCAGCGACCCGAGGAUGAGCAAGAUCAAGUCCAUCGAUAUCACCGUCAAGAACUGCUGCCGGAACUCGCACCAAUAUCACGAUUCGGGGAGCGGGAUCCAGGACAUGCAGUUCAUCUCUUCGUUCGAGCUUCUUGUCGUCGCCGCAAUCCGCGCUCUGAGCAAACUUCCUAGGCUCGAGUACCUCCGCAUUCGAUUCAUCGACCUGGAUUCCCCUGUCCCGCCUCUGAAUCCUUACUUCCUGCUCAGGGGUAAUACGUGCUGGGGGGUUUGGAGCGACUUUAUCCUGACGGAGCUGCACAAGGCCAGGCCGACGGCCCAGUUUGAAGAAUUGAGCGAUUCGUUCGGCGAGAUCGGCUACAACAAGGAGGGACGGCUGGUUAUCAGCACGGCCCCGACCUCCAAGUCCCAGUUUCGGUCUCUUAAGCUGGCCAAUUAUGCAUUGUUGUCGGGAUCUAUUGCCGGCGCCUCUUGA